GCGGCACGAGGAGGCCCGAGCGGCCUCACGGGGCCCGGGCCCGAGCCCGUUGGCGCCGAGGUCGGAUCACGCUGGCGGAGGCGGCGGCGGCGGCGGCGGCGGCGAUGACUUCUUCCUGGUGUUGCUGGACCCGGCGGGUGGCGAUGUGGAGACCACGGGCGCCGGCCAGGCCGCAGGGCCUGUAUGGAGGGAGGAGGCCGAGUCGGUCCCACAGCUCCAGCAGGGUGAGAAUGGCGCGAAUCCCGCGGGCCGCCAGGCGCUAGGCCCCCGCUGCCUGUCCGCAAUCCCCGCCCCAUCCCCGGCUGAAAACCCGAUCCCCGCCCCAGGCCUGGGACCCGCCGCGGCCUUCACGGGCACCGUCACCAUCCACAACCAAAACCUGCUGUUGCGCUUCGAGAACGGUGUCCUCACCCUGGCCACGCCCCCACCGCCGGCCUGGGAGCCUGGGGUCGCGCCUGCCCCUCAGCCUGGGGGUCUGAUGGCUCCGCAAGCGGGGGUCCCGCACGCCGCGCAGCCCAGCGACUGCCCCGAGCUGCCGCCCGACCUCCUGCUGGCCGAGCCGGCUGAACCGGCGCCCGCCCCCGCGCCUGAGGAGGAGGCAGAGGGCCGAGCCGCAGCCGAUAGUCCCCGCAGGCCGCUGGGCCCAGGCCCGGGCGUGGUGCUGUACCUGUGUCCCGAGGCGCAGUGCGGACAAACCUUCGCCAAGAAGCACCAGCUGAAAGUGCACCUGCUGACUCACAGCAGCAGCCAGGGCCAGCGGCCCUUCAAGUGCCCCCUGGGCGGCUGUGGCUGGACUUUCACCACCUCCUACAAGCUCAAGAGGCACCUGCAGUCGCACGACAAACUGCGGCCCUUUGGCUGCCCUGCGGAGGGCUGUGGCAAGAGCUUCACCACGGUGUAUAACCUCAAGGCGCACAUGAAGGGCCAUGAGCAGGAGAACUCGUUCAAAUGCGAGGUGUGCGAGGAGAGCUUCCCCACUCAGGCCAAACUCAGCGCCCACCAGCGCAGCCAUUUCGAGCCGGAGAGGCCAUACCAGUGCGCGUUUUCUGGCUGCAAGAAGACGUUUAUCACAGUGAGUGCCCUGUUUUCCCAUAACCGUGCCCAUUUCAGGGAACAGGAACUCUUUUCCUGCUCUUUUCCUGGCUGCAGCAAACAGUACGACAAGGCUUGUCGCCUGAAAAUUCACCUGCGGAGCCACACCGGUGAGAGACCUUUCCUUUGUGACUUUGAUGGCUGUGGCUGGAACUUCACCAGCAUGUCCAAACUCUUAAGGCACAAAAGGAAGCACGAGGAUGACCGGAGGUUCAUGUGCCCUGUGGAAGGCUGUGGGAAAUCUUUCACAAGGGCUGAGCAUCUGAAAGGCCACAGCAUAACCCACCUGGGCACAAAGCCUUUUGUGUGCCCUGUGGAAGGCUGCUGUGCCAGGUUCUCUGCUCGCAGUAGUCUCUACAUUCACUCCAAGAAACACUUACAGGACGUGGACACUUGGAAAAGCCGUUGCCCAGUCUCUACUUGUAAUAAACUCUUCACAUCCAAGCACAGCAUGAAGACCCACAUGACCAAAAGGCACAACCUCGGCCAGGAUCUCUUAGCUCAGCUAGAAGCUGCGAAUUCUCUUACGCCCAGCAGUGAACUUACCAGCCAGGGACAGAGUGAUCUCAGUGAUGCAGAGCUAGUGUCUCUCUUCUCGGAUGUGCCUGGCAGUAGUUCUGCUGCAGUGCUGGACACAGCAUUGGUGAACUCUGGAAUCUUGACUAUUGAUGUGGCUUCUGUGAGUUCAACUCUGGCAGGGAGCCUCCCUGCUAAUAGUAAUAAUUCCUUAGGGCAGGCUGUGGACCCUCGGGCCUUGAUGGCCACCAGUGACCUUCCUCAAAGUCUGGAUACCUCUCUCUUUUUUGGAACGACAGCCUCUGGUUUUCAGCAGAGUCCCUUAGAUAUGGAUGAUGUCCCAAGUCUAAGUGUGGGGCCAUUGGCAUCUCUGGGCUCUUUGGCUAUGAAAAACUCAAGUCAAGAGCCCCAAGCUUUGACCCCCAGCAGUAAGCUAACAGUGGACACAGAUGCUCUGACUCCUUCAAGCACCCUUUGUGAAAACAGUGUCUCAGAACUACUGCCGCCAACCAAAGCAGAAUGGAAUGUACAUCCUGACUCUGACUUCUUCGGACAGGAGGAAGAAACCCAGUUUGGAUUCUCCAAUCCAGCAGGAAACCAUGGUUCUCAGAAAGAAACAGAUCUUAUCACAGUGACUGGCAGCUCAUUUUUGGUAUGAACUAUUAAUUCCUUGCCACGUGGCUUAUUCUUAUGAAUUACACUCAAUUUUUAGGCUAUUCUGGACUAAAUGUUUAAAUUCAGUCAUUCCAAAAAAAAAAAUAAAUAAAUAAUAAAUUCAGUCAUUCCUUAUAGGUUUGAAAAACAACAACGCCCUGGGCUGUAAGUUUGGAGAUUUAAAUUAUGAUCUUGACUCUGGAACUGUCAAGUUGUGUGACCCUGAGUAAGUCACUUAACCUAUCUGAGCCUUAAUUUCCUUAUUUAUAAAAUGAGGUGGUUUGAAUAGAUUGUUUCUAAGGUCUUUUAACUCUGUAUUUAAUGAUUUUGUGCUCUUUCUUGAAAAUUUUAGGAAAUCUUACCAUGAUUAACUAUUGCAUGCGCUUCUAAUGUAAUGAAAAUGCAUUGAGAGUUAAUGAUCAGAGAAUGUGGAACUGGUGUUUAACUUUAAAAUUAUAAUGGAAAUUUUACAGAAUGUCAAAAUAUUUCUAAAAUCUAAUGUUAGAGCUUAAAAAAAGAAAGCUAAAAAUAUGGGUUAGUUCUGCUUACCUCCUUAUCUUUCUAGCUUCUUCUUUUUUUUUUUAUGGAAGGCUGUGUUGUAGAACAUGCCAGAGCUUUGAUAUGACUCAGACCCAGAAAUACUGAUUUGGUGGUGAAUAAGUGGCCUUAUAUAAGUCAUUUAGCAUCAGUAAGCUUCAGUUCAUUUGGUGCAUUGUAGACUUACUUCUCUAUCCUAGGAGUUAGUUUUGGGCAUAGAAUGUUAUGUGUUUUGGCAUGUUUUAGUGAAUUUUUAUCACCUCUCCUGCCCCUCUCAUUCCUUCCUUAAAGAGGAGAAAUCAGCAUAAUUAAAUAUGACGUUUGUGCAGGCAAAAAGGUUUAUGAACGUUAAGAAGCAGGAAGGGAAUAUCUUUCUUCCACAAAUUAAGAAGGAUUUUUCUCCAUACAUUUCGUCUGUAACAUUGCCCCCAGGUCCAUUAGUCUGAAUUAUAUUAUCUUUGCUCUGCAUUCAGAGCCAGCCCAUAGAGUGAAUAUAUAGAGCCUGUGAUUCCAAGAAAAUCUGAGAAUGGAUCAGAGUGACAUUUUCACCCUCUGUGUCCCAGAGAGCUCAUUGCUUGCCUUCUCCCUGAGUUGGAAUGAGAGGUUUCAUUUGCAUUUUGAGUAAAUAUUGUUUGUCUUACGUGAGUAUAGCAUUUUAUAGUUUAUGUAGCACUUUCACAACUUGUAUUUGAGCCUCACAAUAUUGUGAGAUAGUUGUGGCAAAAUUUUAACUAUAACCUAUAUUAAAAAUUAAAAUUUACCUAACUCACAUUAUAAAUGAAUUUUAUAUUUAUUAUAUAUAUACAUAUAUAUCUAUCAAUUCCCAUUUUAUUCUUCUGAGUUUCAUGAUUACUUUUAUUUAUAACCACUUUUUCUGUUCCACUGUAAUUGAUGUUUGUUCCCUUCUGCCUGCUCUGCUCUUUCUCCAACCAGUUCUCUAACAUGUGCGUUUCAGUCUAUGUCAUGAUCUCUUCUUUUUAAAUUUUAAUUAGAGGGCGCCUGGGGUGCUCAAUUGGUUAAGCAACUGCC